GGCAGCAGCCACGAGCCCCAGCAUGGUCGUGAACACAGAUGGGCAGUGCUGAAGACCCAGUUUGGCUCCAGCUGCUUCCAAAAAACCCCCAGUCCCCUAGGACCGCAGCCCACAGCCUUCUCUUGCCCACAGGAUGGGAGCCCAGCCAUGAGGGACUGCUGCCCCUCCCAGCAAAAGGCCAGCCCUGCAACCCCCAAGAACACCCCUGACCAAGGCCCAGGCAUGGAGUCCAGACACGGCAGCCUCAGCGGGGCUGGGGAAGGAACCUCUUGCUCCGAGGGCCCUGCUGGAAUCUUGGCCUGCCCCUCCUCAACCUGCAUCCCUCCCCAAGAGGCAGCCACCAAGGGGACUCUCGGGGCACAUGAAGCCUCGAGCUCAGGGACACCAGAGACCCCCUCCUCUGAGAAGCCAGGGGGUCCGAAGGCAGAGCCUGUGUCCUUUGUGAAAACCAAGCCCGCAUCCUCAGCUCACAGAAACCCUGUGCUUUCGGAAGAGCUGGAACCCAAGACUUCAACGAAGGCAGAUUGCACAUCCACAGCCAAGGGAGAGGCUGCCUUGUCACGAAAGCCCAAUCCUGAGGUGUCAGGACAGACAGAGCCUGCCAUCCUGGGAAAGGGAGAUCCUGGGCCCUUGGGAAAGGAGGCCUGGACAUCCUGUAGUAGAGUGGAUACAGGGUUCCUAAGGAAGGAGGCUCCAGAGCCUUUGAGAAAGGUAGGCCCUGUGUCUUCGGGCCAAGAGGAGCCUGCGUUCCCAGGAAAGGAGGCAUCCAGGUGCUCUGGAGAAGGGCAUCCUGCGACCUCAGAAAAGGUGGGCUCUGCACCCUCAGGAGAGGCAGGGCCUAAGCUCCGGGGAAACACAGGCUCUAUAUCCAUGGAAAAGACAGAGCCUGGGUCUUUGGGAAUGCUGACUCCCGGAACCUCAGGUAAGACCGAGCCCGUGGACCGGGGGACCUUGGGAAGAGGUGUUCCCACAGCUGUGGGGAUGGUGGGCCCUGUGUCUGGGGGGAAUGCAGAAACCGUGUCCCCGGCUAAAGAGGCCCCCCUGGGAAAGACAGGGCCUGCCUUCUCAGGAGAGGGGGCCCCUGAGGCUGCAGGAAUGGGGAAAACAGCAUCUGCUGGACAACUGGAUUCUGUGUGUGCAGGGAAAACAGACCCUGAAAACUCUGAAACAUCUUUGAAAACUGGGGGGACCCCGCCACCAUCUGCAGACCAGGCGGGCCCUGUGUCCUUGGGAAAGGACCCCCUGUCCUCAAGAAAGCCCAAAGCCCCGUCUUCAGGGCAGGCUGUGUCUGUGGGGCAGACAGAAACUGCCUCCUCAGGGAAAGCGGCUCCCACCUCCUCGGGGAGGGUGGACCCCAGUUCUGUGGGAAAUAGAUUAAAAGCCUCAUCUUCCGGAAAAGAGAAUCCUGAAUCUUCUGGGAGGCUAGACCCCUUGUCCUCGGGGCCGGGGGAUGGAAAGUCCUUGGGGACUGUAGCACCCCCACCCUCAGUAAUAGCUGAGGCAGUGACUUCUCAGGGAGGAGGCCCCCUGUCCUCUGAGAAGGAAGCCCCGGGUGCCUCUGGGAAGGCUGAGUCCCUAGCCUUGGUCAAGGCAGGUCCUGAGAAGACCAGAGAGCAGGCAGAAGCUGUCCCCUCUGAAGAAAUGGAUGCUGGGUCUUUGGGGAAUGUGAACCCCAUGACCCCAGGAAAAACAGCCCCUCUCCCCUCCCUUGCGGUCACACAGGGCCACUACGGAGACCUGCUCAGCACCCCACCCUCACCACUCAAAGUCGGGCAGGCUCCUGAGACCUCCAGACAGGUGUGUUGA